UCGCGCUGGCGCUCCUCUGAGUUUGUCAGUUUCCUAAAUACAGUGGAGUGUUUUUGCCGGAACGCUUUGAUAGAAAGAUGUACAGUAUUUACGGAAGAGCACAGAGGGAAUCUGAGAGCUGAAGGAGGAGUUGCUAUCUGUACAAUUGUCUUCCCUGUAUCUGUCCUCCGACUUUAAGGUUGCAGAAGAGUUCCUCCUGCUGCCAGAGCACACACUAAACACUUUCAGCAAGCCAUGCCAAACUGAUACCGGAGUAACAGAGUUGACAGUGGAACUAUGUUCUAAGGAUUGCCCAUUGCCCAGAGCCCGCUGACAUUCUUCUCCGGCUGUUGGAGGAAGUUGUUUUUGGCAAUGGGGAGGAAAAAAAUCCAGAUCACCCGGAUUGUGGAUGAGAGGAACCGACAGGUGACUUUCACGAAGAGGAAGUUCGGUCUGAUGAAGAAGGCCUACGAGUUGAGCGUCCUGUGUGACUGUGAAAUCGCCCUCAUCAUCUUCAACAGCUCCAACAAGCUGUUCCAGUACGCCGGCACCGACAUGGACAAAGUCCUGCUGAAGUACACCGAGUACAACGAACCCCACGAGAGCAGAACCAACUGUGACAUCGUCGAGGCCCUGAACAAGAAGGAGCACCGAGGCUGUGAGAGCCCUGAUGCUGACGCCUCCUACGUCCUCGCCCCCCACACUGAGGAGAAGUACAAGAAGAUCAAUGAAGAGUUUGACAACAUGAUGAAGAGUCAUCAAAUUUCCACGGGCCCUCCACAGCAGAACUUCAUGUCGUACAGCCCCGGUGCAGGAGGAGGAGGAGGAGGAGGAGGAGAAGCGACCUCCCAAGCUCUAGCUGCAGCCACGGCAGCUUUGGUCGACAGUGGGAUCCUCUCCUCGCCUCACACACACCUCCACAGAAUCAUGAACCCGCCACAAAGACCUCCCAGCACCGGGAACACAGGUGGCCUGCAGAGCAGUUCUGAUAUGGCUCUGCAAAACGGGUCUGGACCAGUUGUGAACGGUUUUGUGGGCUCGCCUGGUGGAGGCAACUUGGGAAAGCUCAUCCCACCCAAAUCUCCUUCUCCUCUUCCACCUCUUGGGAACAACAUGGUCGCGACCAGCCGCAAGAUAGACCUCCGAGUGGUCAUCCCUCAGUCCAAAGGAUUGAUGCAAACGCUGAGUAACCAGAGGCAGAGUCAGUCCAGUCAGCCUCUGUCCACCCCGGUGGUCUCCAUCAACACACCCAGUCUGCCUCAUCAGAGUCUGGUCUAUUGCAGCAUCAGCUCUGCCUAUGACAACGAUUACUCCCUGAGCAGUGCCGAGCUGUCGGGCUUCAGCUGCCCUGCAGGCCCCUCUUUGGGCUCCAUGGCGGCCUGGCAGCAACACCAGCUGGGCUCACUGGGGUGUGACAGCCCCCAUCUCUCCAUCAGCACCAACCGCCAUGUCAGCAUCAAAGCCGAGCCCAUCUCCCCACCCCGUGACCACCUCAGCCAAUCAGGGUACAUGACCCCUCGUCCGAACCCCCACUCGUCCGCCAGAGCUGAGAUGGGGAGGUCUCCUGCAGACAGCAUCAGCUCCUCCUGCAGCUCCCACGAGGGAGGAAGCGACCGGGAGGAGCAGCAGCAGCAGAGGCUGGACUUCCACAUGCUCCCUGUGGGUCGGUCCGAGGGGGGGGAGAGUCCCACGGUCAAACGAAUGAGGAUGGACAACUGGGUGACAUAGACCCCUGCAGUCACAUGGCGACGCAGACUCGGGGCGAAACACAAGGAGGGGGGACACUGUUAUGCAAAAAGAAAUGAUUGACGUUUUCAGUUGUUGUUUUUUUUCAGAAUCGUUGAGCAAAAUUAGUGUGAAAAUCUGGAUCUGUCAGAAUUAUUUCAUCAUCUUUCAGAAAAUCGUACUUAAAACACAAUGUGCCAUUCUUUUUCAAUAUAAAUCAUUCAAUCCUCACAGACUUUCAAUGUGGGUCCAAUUGCAGUACAAUCUGUCAUUUUAUUAUCAUCCAGUGGGAUGCAGUACUGCUCGCAGAACAAUUACAGCGGGUGAGAACAGUGUUGCUUAAUCUCACGGCUUCAGGAUCAUGAUGGCAAAGCAGUGACGUGAUUCUGGAUGUCUCCCACUGGGUGUCACCCAGUUAAUUUCUGUUUAUUCUCAGGGUUUAAAACAUUGACCGAGUCGAGCGUAAAAAGCAAUACUCCCUCCCCGUCAUCCCAGCGUCUCCUCUUUAUGACACGUAUUUAUAUCAGCCAAAGCAGUAUGCUGUUUGUAUGUUGUGUGUGUGUGUUUUUAUAUUGUGCACAGAGUAAGACAAUGUUUCAUUCAGAAUUUAAAAAGUCUGUAAGUGCUACUUAAAUAUGUCGUUGUUGUUUUGUAUAUACUAUCUUUAAUAUAUAUACCUUUUGGUGUAACUACG